GGUAAUGAAAAGAGAAGGUGAGUAGUAAGUAACUACCUACCAGUCGCAGUCUUUCCUUUUUAAAUCCUAAAAAUCCAUUUUUUCCUGUUUUCAACCAUUCCCAAUUCAAUUCAAAAAAAAUAUACGUCCUCUCUCUUCUCUCUCUAUCCCUCUCUUCUCAAUUCAUCAAAACGACGUAGCUUUCUCUAUCCUCCUCCGAUUACCGGAGGAGUUACAUCACCGCCGGCGGCGCUUCUCUUCCCUGAUUCCCUAACUACCCUUCAAUUCAACCCUACCUUGAUCCGUUCAACGAAUUCUUCUCACAAAAUGGCUUAUCUCACUUGCUAGGGUUUCACCCUUCCCAAAUCUUUCACUCCGAAACCACACUGUACCUUUUCUUAAUCAACCUAAUCCAAUUCUUCGUUAUGGCUAUCCGAGUUACCUUCUCCUUUUCCGGCUAUGUUGCCCAAAACUUAGUUUCCUCCGCCGGCGUUCGAGUCGCGAAUUCUCGUUGUGUCCAAGAGUGUUGCAUCCUUUCGCGCCUCUUUGGAUCCAACCCGAAACCCGAUCUCGAACGUUCCGGCGGCUUUCGCAAUCGGAAUCUCUAUUCCGAUUUCACAAAACCUAGAAACUCACCUGUUUCUGUUUAUUCUACCCUCGCCGGAGAAAUUCUCUCCGAAAGCUGCAACAAUCCAAUCAUCUUAGGAUUAAUUUCAAUGAUGAAGUCAACGGCGAUUUCUGGGUCAACAUCGGCGGCUAUGGGUGCUAUGGGUAUUUCACCAUUCAAAACUUCUUCGAUUAUACCAUUUUUGCAGGGUUCGAAGUGGCUUCCUUGUAAUGAAUCUGUUCCUACAGCUACAACUUGGGAGGUUGAUAAAGGUGGAACGCGAAUACAAUCACAACCUGUUUCUGUUUCUUCUGACAAAGAAUCGCGUUUGGAUUUGAAUCAGAAGGAGAAUACUAAUGGUUGGAUUUCGAAAUUGUUGAAUGUUUGUUCUGAAGAUGCUAAAGCUGUUUUCACUGCUGUUACUGUUAGUUUGUUGUUUAAAUCGUUUUUGGCUGAACCCAAAUCUAUUCCUUCUGCUUCUAUGUAUCCAACUCUUGAAGUUGGUGAUCGUGUUCUAACAGAAAAGUUUUCCUUCUUCUUUAGAAAGCCUGAUGUGUCUGAUAUUGUGAUCUUCAAAGCACCAUCUUGGUUGAAGGCAUAUGGUUUUAGUUCUUCUGAUGUUUUUAUAAAAAGGGUUGUAGCUAAAGCUGGUGAUGUUGUUGAAGUUCGUGAUGGGAAACUUCUGGUGAAUGGUGUUGCUGAAGAUGAGGAAUUUGUUUUAGAGCCUCUUGCUUACGAGUUGGCUCCAAUGGUUGUUCCAAAAGGACAUGUCUUUGUGAUGGGAGACAACCGUAACAAGAGUUUUGAUUCUCAUAACUGGGGUCCGCUUCCAAUCGAGAACAUUGUUGGUAGGUCCAUGUUUCGCUACUGGCCUCCAUCCAAAGUAUCCGACACCGUCAUGGUUCAUAAAUCCUCACCUGGAAAUAAAUCUGUGGCAGUUUCUUGACGCGGUUUCCACUACCUUCUGAGGGUGAAGAAAGAUUUUUGAUACAUUCAUUUAUUCUGAAUGAAUCGCCACUCCAGUUUUGGACUAGGAGUGAGCUGUUAUUCAACAAUUCUCCAGGACAAAUCUGCUGGUCCUGAUUAAAGUUUGGGAUGAACGUCUUAUUCAUUGAUGCAAAUUUGUCAAUGACCUAAUAAUAAUGUUCUUUAGUGCUAUCCUGAGAUGCAUGACCCCUGGCAAAAGUCUGGGGAAAAGAAAUAUUUAAGAAACAUGAUGUAUGAUUUGUGUUGUAUUCUUUCAUGUUUUUUUUUCUUUUUUUGAAUGCUAGAAACUUGAAGAAAGUUUCGACAUGGAGCUAUUUGACUCCUUGUAAGUAAGUUCCAUAAUAAAAAGCCUCCUCAUUAUCUGUGGUUAAUAUGGCCAUUUUUUUAUAUGAAUGAAAUUAUCUGGGCAAGGUUUUGGUUUUGAA